AUGGGGGAUGAUCAUGGUGGCUGGGUUGUUUUUCUGGUAAAGAAAGGAAUGAGUGGCAGAAAGGAUAUUAAUGAGGACGAGAGGAGAGGAGGAAAAGGGAGAGAGGGAAGGGUGCAUGAGUUGGUCAAUCUCUCGUACCUAUUUUUCAAUGUGCAAGCCAACAUUUUUGUGAUUGUUGCUGGGGAAGCAAUUGAUCUUUCCUGCAACAAAUUGACUGGCCACAUACCACAUAAACUUGGGAACCUAGGCCCAAUCCAAUCGCUUAACUUGUCUCACAAUGGCCUAUGUGGAACCAUCCCAACAUCGUUUUCAGACCUGGAUAGCAUAGAGAGCUUAGACCUCUCCUUCAACAACCUGAGUGGGAAAAUCCCUUCACAGCUUACUGACCUACACUUUCUAGCUUUGUUCAAUGUGUCAUACAAUAACCUAUCGGGCAGCAUACCACGGAGUACAAAUUCUCCUGAUAACAGUAGCUACAUCGGAAAUCCACUUCUUUGUGGACCACCAGUUUCAAGAACUUGCACCGCCAUUAAACCACCGGGAGUCAUCAUGAAUAGCAGUGAAGUGGAUUAUGGCUUCAUGGACAUGGAAUCUUUCUAUGUGCGCUUCACAGUGUCCUACAUCACUAUUUUCUUAGGGAUUGUUGUUGUUUUUUACAUCAAUCCCUACUGGAGGCGGGCAUGGAUUCAUCUAAUUGAGGUGUGUGUCACUUCUUGCUUCUACUUUGUUCGGAACAAUUUUGGAGAGGUAUUUUGUCGGGAAGAUAAUUAG